AUGGAUACUGGCGAAUCUGAGGAUGAGGAUUAUUCAAGUUCGUCGAGUUAUGAGCCCUCAAAUUUGGGAUCAGAAGAGGAUACUGAUGGUGAAGGGGAAGAAGAAGUGAAUAUUCAGGCUGAAGAAGGGGAAGAAGAAGUGAAUAUUCAGGCUGAAGCCCAUUCGCCGCCCAGACGCGGCAGAAAAAGAGUACGAAAUGAAAGUUCUUGGAAGAAAAACGUUAGAAAACGUUGUCGAAAUGAAGGUGAGCAGUACGUAUCUUCAAGGGGGCGUGAGGUACCAGCAAAAAGCUUUCAGAAUAUCAACUGUGGAUGUAAGAAAAUGUGUAAUAAUCGUGUAAAUGAAAAUGAGAGAAAAAUAAUGCAUGACUCGUUCUGGAAAUUGGGAGAUUUUUCAAAACAAAAUACAUUCAUACAUGGGCUUAUAAAAUCUGAAAGUAUUAAACAGAAGCGUCCUCGGGAUAAUUCCAAAAGCCCUAAAUCUGUAACAUACCAAUAUAGUCUUAAAAUUAACAACAUUAAUAUACCAAUAUGUAAAAAAUUUUUUUUGCAAACAUUUGAGAUUAGUGAUGGUAGACUUUACAGAAUUCUUGCAAAGAAAAAAGUAUCUGAUAUUACUGAUGGUCGCGGUAAAAAAAUCCCUGCCAAUAAGAUAAAUGACUUAGAUGUUAUAGAGCAUAUUAAAUCAUUUCCAGCUUAUCAAAGUCAUUAUAGUCGAAAAGACAAUCCCAAUAGAAAAUAUUUAAAUCCAAACUUGUCAAUUCAUAAGAUGUACGAAAUGUAUGUUGAAAAAUGUACAAAUGAAAAUAAAAUGCCAGUUAAAGAAAAAUUUUACUAUAAAGUUUUCUCUACUAAAUUUAAUUUGCACUUCAAGCCCCCUAUAAAAGAUUCCUGCAGAACAUGCGAUGAACUGCACUUGAAACUUCUUUCCGAAAAUAAUGAAGAAAUUAAAACAGACCUUCAAACCCAAAAAAAUCUUCACAUAGCAAAGGCUAAACAAGCACGAGACUCACUAAACAAGAAUAAGAAUGAAGCAUCUGAUACACUUUAUGUAGCAACGUUUGACCUACAAAAAGCAUUACCAUUCCCACAGUUAAGCACAUCUGUUGCAUACUACAAAAGAAACAUGUAUAUUUACAACUUUGGAGUUCAUUCAUUUAAUUUAUCAAAUGGAUUCAUGUACAUGUGGGAUGAAACGGAGGGGGGUAGAGGAUCCCAGGACAUUGCAAGUUGUCUCGUGAAGCACUUGAUGGAGAACGCACGUGAAUACGACCAUAUAAUUUUAUACUCUGACUCUUGCACAGGACAAAACAGAAAUAUAAAAUUAGCACUCACAUUAUUGAAACUGGUUCAGAAUAAUAACAUGAAUGUAAACACUUUAGAUUUAAAAUUUUUAGUUUCUGGACACUCAUUUUUACCCAACGAUGCUGAUUUUGGGGUAGUAGAAAAAGCCAGCAGAAAACACUCACAAAUACAUGGCCCAGAAGAUUGGAUAGAUAUUGUAAAGGGGGCAAAACGUACAAGGCCCUUCCAAGUAUUUCAAAUGAAAAGAACUGAAUUUUUGUCGACAAAGAGUCUUGAAGAUUCCAUAAAAAACCGCAAAAAAAAUGUGGGAGGAGAGACUUAUAGCUGGCUCAAAAUCAGGUGGUUCAGAUUUGAACGUGAUUCACCAUUUAAAUUUAAGUAUAAGGAAACUCUCAACGAAAUGAUAGAUUUUAAUGAAGUUUCCUUAGCAAAAGCAGGAAAAGGAAAACAGCCUGUUUCACUACCAGAAAAUCAGGAUGUUUUAUAUCCCCAAAGGCGUAUUGUUACACAACAAAAAAAGCGCGAUAUGCUGGACCUAUUACCAUUCAUCCCCCCCAUUCGUCAUGCUUAUUUUAAAAAUCUUCCAACAGAAAUUAGGACUCGUCAGGCACAAACAGCAAGGCAUGAAACCUCCUCAGAUGAAGAUGAAUGGGUUUUUGAUUAA